AUGGAUGAGUUUCAAAUCAAUAGAAAUGAAUCUUGGAUGCAUUCACAGAGUUUCUGGGUGGUCUAUGUACUUGGCUUGCUUCUGGGCAAACUAACUAUCUCUAUCUUGGAUCCCGAUUUUCAAUAUGGUUGGCUUUCAAUCACUUGUUUACACGCAUUGAUCACAUUUUUUGGACUGCAUUGGCAAAAGGGUCUACCUUUCUUCUUCCCUGAGCAUCAGGGUAAAUACACUCGUCUGACUUUGUGGGAGCAAAUCGAUAAAGGAAAGCAAUACACUCCAACAAGAAAGUUUUUCACUUUGGUUCCAAUUGUAUUGUUUAUGAUUACACUUCAUGCAAAUGGUAUUUCAGGACUACCAUUCUAUUUGAAUGCAAUUUCAUCAUUUGUUGUAGUUCUUUCUAAAAUGCCAAAGAUGGAUCGUGUCAGAAUCUUUGGAAUUAAUAAAUAUUAA